GUGCUGCCCCAAACCAAUCAUUAGCGAGGAUUGAAAAAAGAUAACAGAGGAAUACAAUACGACAGCAAGAACCUAUCGUUUCAUAUGAGACAAAACCACAAGGCAAUAGGGUUGAUUCGAACAACACAACACACGAAUUCAAGUGCCAAACAUCAAAAUUGAAGAUAACCACCGAUCACCGAUCACAGUUUCCGAGGUAAAACCUCUUCCUCAAUCGCCGCGAAAUCUUAUUCAACCCGAAUUGAAGCUGAUUUCCCCAUCUGUUUUCAACCCCAAUUCGGCUGCUGCCGAAGCCCUGAAGUCGAACUAAUGGAUUGUACAGCUGCAAGAAAGACGCAAAAGGCUGACAGAGAAAAGUUAAGGAGGGAUCGACUCAAUGAACAGUUUGUAGAACUGGGUAACACUUUAGACCCUGAUAGGCCCAAAAAUGACAAAGCAACCAUUCUAGGUGAUACUAUUCAAUUGCUGAAGGACCUUACUUCUCAAGUCGGUAAACUCAAAGAUGAAUAUACUAUGCUAAAUGAAGAAUCUCGCGAGUUGGCCCAAGAGAAAAAUGAUCUUAGAGAAGAGAAGGCUUCUCUUAAAUCGGAUAUUGAGAACUUGAACAAUCAGUAUCAGCAGCAACUCAGGAGUAUCUACCCGUGGACUGCAAUGGAUCCUUCAGUUAUGAUGGCUCCUCCUCCAUCAUAUCCAUAUCCGGUACCAAUGGCAGUACCUCCUGGUCCGAUUCCUAUGCAACCGUACCCUUUCUAUGCUAAUCAACAUCCUGCAGUCAUGCCUAACCCCUGCUCAACAUUUGUUCCUUAUUUAGCCCCCAAUACCCUUGUUGAACAGCAAUCUACCCAUUACGUAUCCCCUCCACUUCAUCCAGGUAGUCGGUCCAAUGUGUCAGGAAAACAAAACUCCAAAAACAAAUCAUCCAGGGAGAGCAAGGCUGAUAAAAAUGAAGAUUCAACUGAUGUCACUACAGACCUGGAGCUGAAGACACCCGGGUCAUCAGCAGAUCAGGUUUUGUCAUCCGGAGAAAGAAAAUCCAGCAAGUUGCCAAGGAAGGAUAGCAGUUUCACAGAUGGUAGUUCAUUUGGUAGGUGUUCUUCAUCUCAUAGUGUUCAGGAUAGCUCAUCAAGUAGUGUAGUUGGGAGCAAGAAGUCUAAUGAAUGAGAAAGGACAUACUUUUAGACAGGUGCUAAUGCCUUUGGAAGCCACCAUGAAGUUUAUCAUUGUGUAUCUGCUGCAACUAUCUGGAGGUAUAAGUGUAUGUUUGGAUACCAGUUCAGUGCAAUGUGAACGGACUUCCGUCCUAAUCCAUAAGUAAAGUUCUAUUCACUUUUUUCUCCAAGUAUGUCCAUUUGCAAUGGUGUCAACGUGUAUCCAAACAUAGCUUUAGUUACUUUUUUCUAAUCCAAAUAAAAGUCUCUUCUGUUCCUUCUUCCUGACGACAAAUUUAUUGUAAGUAGGUUUAAUUGUUACUAUUUCUUGUAAAAAUGUGAAAUUGCAGCUGGACAAUCUCCAGGUUGACCAUUGUGGCUAAUGUGUAAAAAGGAAAGGUGUUUGAGCUAACUACACCGUCUUUUAGUCCAA